GCCCAGCCGCCGCCGCCGGUGCCCGGCCGGCGGCCGCUGGCGCUGCAGCCGGCCGCCUGCACUGGCAACGCGCUCGGCUUCACACCCACCCAGCGGGUCCUGCUGCAGACCGGCCAGGUGAAUGGACAACCAGUUAUGAUGCUGACACCGGAGGUGGCGCGUAGCCUGGGCAUAGUUCUGCCAUCUCGUGGAGCCAUGCCAACUCGAGAUUACGCGGCCGGCGUCAGGAGUCCGGAAAUCAAGUCUGAAGUGGACUCGGAAAUGAUAGACCCCGACCAGUUUCUGGAAACGGAAUUGGCUUCUGGGAAGCCGGAGUCGGUGGUGGACGAGGACCUGACAUCACUGUCAUGGUUGCAUAACAAAAACCUGCUAAAGGACAUUCAGCUGCGGCCGGCGCCGGCGGCCGUCUCGCCGCCUGGCGAGCUGUCGCCCGGCCCGGGGCCCGGCCACGGCUCCCCUACCUCCGACUACCUGGAGGAGGCGUCCGAGCCGGCCGACGAGUCGCCGCUGCGGCCGGCGCCCGACGCCAGCCGCUUCAACUGCCGCCGCCAGCCGCAUCCGCUCGCCUACGACCCCAAGGUGCACGUGCACUUCAAGCCGCCGUUUUCGUUCUCGUGCCUGAUCUUCAUGGCGAUCGAAGACUCGCCGCGCAAGGCGCUGCCCGUCAAGGAGAUCUACGGCUGGAUCAUGGAGCACUUCCCGUUCUACCGGGCGGCGCCCGUCGGCUGGAAGAACUCGGUUCGACACAACCUGUCGCUCAACAAGUGCUUCAAGAAGGUGGACAAGGUGCCGUGCAUGGGCAAGGGCUCGCUCUGGACCGUCGAGCCCAUGUACCGGCUGAACCUGAUCCAGACGCUGAAACGCUCGCCCUGCGUGCACCCCUGGAAGGUGGAGAGCGACUCGGCAGGCAAGCCGUGGGCGGCGGCGGCCGCCGCGCUCGGCCCGGACGACUGGCCGGCGUCGCCGCGGCGCGUGCGUGUGCCGCGCGCCCGCUACUGCCCGCCGCCGCGCGCCGACCGAGGCGGCGAGGAGCGUCUGCCCUGCGACGGGACGCGUAGCAACGAGAACUUGCCCAACCCGGAGCUGUUCCCGUUCUUGGCGCGCCGCCUGUUGUCGGGUGCAGACGGCAGUACUGCACGCGACGUCCACCAGAGCGGCGUUGACGCCAUUUCGCUGGCCGAUGACCGCCUCCUCACACCAAAGCUCGCAAAAACGUACAAGCGGAUCAGAGAAGGAGACUUCGAAUAUUUGGCUACGGGGAAGAUGAGGAAGAUCGAGAGCAAACGUUUGUGUUCUCCGGGGUCCGCUGCUGACGUCGCCGGCCGGCCGGCCUGCAUCCGGCGUGUGAUGAUGAUCUCCCGCUCGGCGGCCGAGGAUCACACGUACGCCGUGCACGAGCGAGAGCGCUCCGGCCCGUCGGCCGCCGACAGCGAGGACGAGGCCUUCUCCGACGACUCGAACCUCUCGCACGAGCCCAGCGGGCGGCGCGGCGACCUGACUCCCGAGGAGGUGGAGCGACGCUUCAUCGAGGAGGGCGCCGACCUCCUGCUGAACCUGGCCGGCGUGCCGCGCUCGCGGUCGCCGGCUGACGUGUGA